ACAAUGUACAAUCCAAUAAUGCGGUGUCCCAAAUAGUCAAUUUACAUUUCCCUCUACAGAUCUGUGUGUUGUCUCUGCAGAAAGGAAAGCAAAGCCUUUAAUCCCAUUGCCAUUUGCAUAGAAAAAUCAAAAGCUAACAAUGAUCCAUACCCAUUCUUCUACUUUUCUCCUAAUCUUUAUCCUCCUCUCUCCAAUUUCAAUUUCCACUUCAUCAUCCUCUAUACCCUUCAACAUCUCUCACUUCAUUUAUCCCAGAAUCAACUACUUCGAACAUCCCCAAUCUUCACCUCACCCUUUUCUCCAGGAUGUAUUAAAAGGGAUUGCUGAGAAAGAGAAAUGGGAUUUGGAGGACUUGAGAGUUUCCAAAUUGGAUGUGAAGAAAUUAAAGUUUGGAACUUUAAGGAAGUAUGAGUUUCGGGUUCGAAUUGGGAAGAUGGAAUUUGUGUUCUUAAUGUCAGAUGAAGUGUCUCAGUGGAAAGACUUUAACUUUCUUAACAAGAAUGAGUCUGACUUUGAGUCAUUUGUUAAAGAGAUUGGUUCUAAGGCUACUCUUGAUGUGUUGAAAAUCCAAGGGCCUUUUGAAUUGUAUGCUACUGGAGAUGAUGAUUACCUCUCUUUGGACUUACCCCUGAACUCUUCCUAUACGGGGUUGAAAAGGAUCCUUGUUGGUGAGGGCAUCACUGUAGAAGUUAAAGGUGCGAAUAAAAUAUCAAUUUUCAACAUUUCUGCGUUGCUUAAAUUGGUAAAUGGAAGCAUUUUGACCAAGUCGGGAGGUUGUGAAUUUGGAUAUGUUUGGCAAUCAUCCUGCAUACCGUUACUUCCAGUACAUGCUAGUGGAUCUGCAUCAGUACUUGCGUACAGGACCAGAAACCCUGGUUUAAGAAUCGAAACUGCCUUUAUACCGAGAAGAAUCAUCAAGUUGCUAGCUGAAAAAUGUUAUACAAGGCAUAUUUACAGAAAGCGGAGCUUGUAUAGUGAUUUUCUGAGUCAGAAGAUAACAUUACUCGGAAAAGUUCUAAGGAGUUUUCUAGGUGGCCGGACGAGUCAGAUUGCAAGUUUAGAUCUUUUAAAAGUGAAAGUUGAAGACUUGACCCUUUUUCGCUUCCAGAUGGAGUUGGAAAGAGGUAUUCCCAGCAAUGACACGUACUGGACUGCUUUGGGGCAGUGGAGAACAAAGCCAGCUGUUGAACGUUCAUGGUUUGAAGUAACAGCAAGGUUUGAGGAAGAGGUCUUGAAGCCGCGUUUCAUUAAGAAGGUCAGACCUUUUAUUGAAGUAGAUUCAUCGUCAUGGAGUAAUUUGAUGUCGAAUAUGUCCUUUACCAAAAUUUCAUCUUUUCUUGUCCCGCCAGAGCCUUUAACAUUGGAUGUUAGAUGGUAGGGAAUUACAUCUUUUAUUUACUUAUUAACCAGUCUCAGCGUGCUGUUGUGUAGAUUCUCAAUUUUCCUCACUGUGAUGAUUGAAAAUGGUUGCCGGAUUUGUACAUCAUAUCACUUGUAAAUUGAAAGUGAAUGGAAAGGAAUGAGUAACUCUAUUUUGUAAAUCUGAAGGAGUGACAAUUAAUCGAGAUUGAAAAAGUCCUUUAUUACGUAA